AUGUGGAAUCACAUAUUAAAUGUGGCAAAAAGUGUUACAUUUUCAAACGAAUGGAAUGACUGGAUUAUUAUACCAGCUAGAUCGGAAACAAAUAGAUUUAAAGGAAUCGAUAGUUCAAAGAAUUUUAGUGAAUUUUUUGAUGUGAAUUCAAAUGAAAAAGUGCAAAAUUUCAUUGGAAAUCUAGAAACAUUUUUAAUGAGAACUGUCAAAUUUAAGGAUAAUAAUUGGCAACAACAACGACCCGUGAGAGUUAAAAGUGAAAACAGCCCUUUAGAGGAUAAUAGUGAUCUUGUGAUACCUCUUGGACGAGCAAUGGAAAAAGUAAAGACAAUCUGUUCAACUGUUAUGGAGUUUUUUGAUGAAAAUUUAUCGAAUGAUGAUUACAAUCAAAAACAAUUGACCGGCAGCAGUCGCAACAUAAAAAAACUCAAAAAGAAAUACAAAAAGUUAUUGUUUCCACUUUUAGUGGCAUACAAACUUAAAUUUUUGGCUCUAAUACCACUACUUAUGGGUGGAUUGGUGUUACUUGUUGGAACCACUGGAAUGGCUGGAUUCUUUUUUGCCCUUUUUACUGCGGUUAUGAGUUUAAGGUCUGAACAUAAAGUGGAAGUGAAAAAGUGGUAA